CUGAGGGAGCGCAGAGAGGGAGGGAGAAAGAGAUACUUUUACCUUUCUUUCUCUCCCUCCCUUCCCCCCCCUUUUACCCACCAUGCUCCGAGUCCGGACUCUCUGCCGCCGCAGUUUGUGCACGGGGAGGGGAGCCCGUUAUUGCUGUUCUUCUCCGCGUGCCUUUCUUUUGAAAAAGAUGAGUAAGACAAAGCCGAGAGGGAAGAGAAGCUGACGACCCCUCUCCCUGCCCGUCUGCUCCCGCGCGACCACCAUGAAGGAAGAGAAAGAAGCCGCCGCCUCUUUCUCCCUUCCUCACCACAGGCACAACAAACUUGCUAGCCCGCCUCCGGACAGCGCCGCUCACCCCGAGCCCAGGAACGGUUACGUGAAGGGCUGCGCGACCCCCUUGCCGCAGAGCCCGCCGCUGGGCUUCUUUUCGCUGCUCCCAGUCGCUUCCCGGGGGGCUCUCUCAUUCGCUCUGAGCGCCCUGGGUGCUACUUUAGCGCUCCUCUGGUGCUGGCUGUACUGGGGAGACAGUGAAAGGGCGGCGGCGGCUGGGAAUUCCCGCGAGGCGGCAGGGCUGUUACUCCUCCUCGGGCUGUGUCAGUGUCUCAGCCCCCUCUUUAGCCUCGCCUGCGCCUUUUUCUUCCUCACCUGCUACUUGGCCCGGGACGAGCCCGGCGGCCUCUGGUGGCUCCUGGCGCUGCCGGUGUGUUGCUACGCGGGGGACUUGGUGGCGCUGCAGUGGCUCCUGCUGCCCCGCCGAGAGGAGCCUGAGAAGGGCGCCCUCCAGCCCCCGCCGGUCGAACUGCAGAUGGUGGCGGGGCGGCUGCUGGCUACGCUGACCGCUGUGGCUGGGCUGACCCUCUUGCCGCGCAGCCUCAAACUUGGCAGGAGCCUCCUGGUUUUGGUUUUCUCCAGUCUCGUGUGGCUCGUGUCGCUCACUAGUCUGGGCCCCCUGCCCCCGGCCCUGAGACCGUUGCUGUCCGGCUUUGUCGGGGUAGCGGGUUGCCUGGUGGCGCUGCUGAGCGGGGAGCGCUGCUUCUCUUCUUGCUACUCGCCCGGCCGGGGACCGCAGCAGCAUCACCAGUAUCCUCACCCGAAGCCGCUGAGCAGCAUAGCGGAGGAGAAAGUGCCAGUGAUCCGACCCAGGAGGAGAUCCAGCUGCGUAUCUUUGGGGGAGACUUCCACCAGUUAUUAUGGCAGCUGCAAAAUGUCCAGGAGACCCUCUUUGCCUUGCAUUUCCAGAGAACAGAUGAUCCUUUGGGACUGGGACUUAAAGCAGUGGUAUAAACCUCACUAUCAGAAUGCUUGCAGUGGAACUGGAAUUGAUCUCUCUGUACUAAAUGAGACUCGCACCAUGGUGUCUGACCUUCUGAGUGAUCCAGUCCUUCCCCCACAUGUGAUUUCUUCCCUCCGAAGCAUCAAUAGUUUGAUAAGUGCUUUCUCAGGAUCAUGCAGGUCAAAGGUUAACCUUUUUACCCCCUUUCCGGGCUUUUACCCCUGUCCAGAAAUGGAAGACUCAUCUGAAAGAGGAGAACGUAAACUGCACAAGGGUCUAAACAGCCGAAAUAGCUUACCAACGCCGCAGUUAAGGAGGAAUUCAGGAGCCUCAGGCUUGCUGCCCAUUGAACUAUCUUCUAGAUGGGAACGCAAUAAUGGCAAAAGAUUACAUCAGGAGUAUAAUUCUUCUAGCCACGGAUCCUAUGCAAAUAGGCCUUUCAACACAAACCUGUUGACAAUACCAAAACAAAGAUCAUCUUCAGUGACCUUGGCUCAUAAUAUAGGAUCCAGACGAGCUGGAACUUCCUCAAAUCUAAGUCCUCUGCCUUCAUCUGGUAAUGGGUUUCUGUCCAGUAUGUACCACAGAUCGCCAGUAGAGUUUCCUGAUACUGCUGAUUUCCUUACUAAGCCAAGUGUUAAUAUGCAUAAACCUGUGGGAUGCCCAUUUAGUUUUUCAGAUUUUCAACAACAACUUAGAACAUCUUCACAUUAUACCUGUAGUAGUUGCGGACGACAGAUAUUCAAGUCUGUUGCAGCCUCAUUAUCUGAAUCUGUUGCAGAAUAUCAAAGUCAAAAAUCAGGUGAAGAUGGAAAUAGUGAUAUUUCAAAAGAUUCCACCCACCUCAUAGAGAAACAGCAGGAUGACACAAAAAGACACAAUCGUCAAAUGGAUCAAAUUGAGAAUAAUCAACCUGAUAUAGGUGAAGAUCCUUCAUUAGAACUAAUGGUAACAGAAGACCAUGAUUCAUUAAUGGAGAAGAUGAACAACUGGAAUUUCCAAAUAUUUGAUCUUGUUGAAAAAAUGGGAGACAAAUCUGGAAGAAUCCUCAGUCAGGUUGCAUUUACGUUGUUUCAAGACACUGGUUUAUUUGAAAUUUUCAAAAUUCCAACUCGACAAUUCAUGAACUACUUUGAGGCUCUAGAAAAUGGUUAUCGAGACAUUCCCUAUCACAAUCGAAUACAUGCAACAGAUGUUCUUCAUGCUGUUUGGUAUCUUACAACAAGACCAGUUCCUGGAUUUCGGCAAAUACAUAUUGAUUCUGUGACAGGAACUGACAUUGAUGGUGGCAUUUCAGCUGGCCGAGUUGUCUUUAUUUCCUCCAGGAGUUGUACUAUUGUUGAUGAAAACUAUGGAUGCUUAGCCUUAAACAUUCCAGCCUUAGAAUUAAUGGCUCUUUAUGUAGCAGCAGCUAUGCAUGACUAUGAUCACCCUGGUCGUACAAAUGCUUUCCUGGUAGCUACAAAUGCUUCUCAGGCUGUGCUGUACAACGACAGAUCAGUUCUGGAAAAUCAUCAUGCUGCCUCUGCAUGGAGUCUCUUCCUAUCUCUGCCAGAUUAUAACUUUCUUCCUAAUCUUGAUCAUGUACAGUUCAAACGAUUUCGGUUCUUAGUGAUUGAAGCAAUCCUUGCUACAGAUCUUAAGAAACAUUUUGAUUUUCUUGCUGAAUUUAAUACCAAGGUUAACGAUGUAAAUGGUCAUGGUAUAGAAUGGAGUAAUGAGAGUGAUCGCCUCUUAGUGUGUCAGAUAUGCAUCAAGCUUGCAGAUAUCAAUGGUCCAGCAAAAGUUAGAGAUCUUCACUUGAAAUGGACAGAGGGCAUUGUUAAUGAAUUUUAUGAGCAGGAAGACAACAGAAGAUUUAUGUAACUUUAAAGUUGACAACAAGUACAUUGAACCUGUCAAGGACUAUCAAUACCUUGGCAGAGUCAUAACCAAAAUGGAGACAGUCGUCAAGAAAUCAGAAGAAGGAUAGGACUGGGGAGGGCAGCUAAAAGACAAAUAAUUGGAUAUUAGAACAAAUUAAACCAGAACUAUCACUAGAAGCUAAAAUGAUGAAACUGAGGUUAUCAUACUUUGGAUACAUCAUGAGAAGACAUGAUUCACUAGAAAAGACAAUAAUGCUGGGAAAAACAGAAGGGAGUAGAAAAAGAGGAAGGCCAAACGAGAUGGAUUGAUUCCAUAAGGGAAGCCACAGACCUGAACUUACAAGAUCUGAACAGGGUGGUUCAUGACAGAUGCUAUUGGAGGUUGCUGAUUCAUAGGGCCGCCAUACAUCAUAAUUGACUUGAAGGCACAUAACUCCUGAAGAAAUGCCAGCUGUAGUCAACAGAGAUGACAUGGUUCAAGAGGAUGAAGUUCUGAAAAGACAAUAUUUACUUAUCAGAUAACAGUUGUUUAGGAGCACCAGCACCUGUUCCUGGAGAGUAUAGGGAGGUACCCCAAGCAUUACCCAUACAGGUGGUUCGACGGGUUGUAGGACCAACACCUGAUAGGAAGGAUGUGGCAAUGUGGAUUUCCAAGAAUAUGGCUGCUAUAGAGGGGUAGUUUGAAUUCCAUCAGCAAAUAUACACAAUAGAUUGCUCAAUCCCUUAGUGCAAGCAUCUUUGGCUUUGGCUGAGAAUGAAUGUGGCAGUUGGAGUGAUGCUGUGGCACCAUUCUGUUUAAAGACGCAUGGACAUAUUCCAGGAUCUAACUUACAACCUGUUCUGGCCAAUACAGCAAAAAAAAAAGGGAGUGGCAGUGGCCUUUCGGUUGGGAAUGUGCCUGGCUGCUGGAGCCUAUUCCACUGUAUAUGGCAUAGUGAAGAGUUUGCUGAGAGGACAAGCAUUAAAGUUGGCAGUGAAUAUAGCUUUAGAAGCUUUACCAGAUGACUAUACAAGAGCAGAACAGUUUGAGGCAGUGUUAGCUUGAACCCAGAACACCUUAGGUAUGCUGGGAAGAACUCACGGAGCUCGAGAGAAGGAGACUGCUGAAGAAGCUGAUGUUGGAAGACAAGGACAGAGAUUUGGAGGUAGAAGAAAAUAGUGACAUGGCGUGCAGGGACAGAGACAAGGGAUCAAUCAGCUCAGAGAUCUCAAGGAAUCCUGCAGAGGAGAUAUGAAGAGCCACAGCGGCAGCAGGAGCUAGCCCCACCAGAAGAAUCGAAGAUAUGAAGAGCCACCACGAGAUAGGUACCAGUUCAGACCAAUGGUAAAACCACCUCCACGGUAUGGUGGUGAAGAGAAUCCUGAAUCCAGAGAGUGACAUACUACCUGGGAAGCCAGAGGGCAAGCAGCAGGUCUCCUCCCUCGAAGAAGGAGGAGGAGGAAGAGGAGUUUCAGCUACAUUACCAGCAACAGGAGAACCUGGCACGCCGGUUACAGAGCCAAAGGAGGUGUUACAUGUACACAUUGUAUCAGUAGAGGAGGAUGGAGAGGAUGCCACUCAAGACUGAGUAUUUGUAUUUGGUGGUUAUGUAUCAGGGCAGGACCUUUCAAGGAUUCUGGAGCUGAAAUAUCUUGCUCAAUUUUACCCCCAGAGAAGCAAAUGCAAUAUUUUAUAAACAGGGAAGUCUGGAU